AUGCACAUCGAGGGACCUCAUUAUAGCAACACGUCGUCCAGCUUUGCUUUUGUCGAGCUACAGGGAGUCAGACUGGGCCAUGUGCAUGCGCGAGGAGGCGUUGCUGUACCUUCCAUGCUGCAUGGAUCUGCAGACCGUCCAGACUCUGUUCCAUUUCCGAGGAGUGGAACUAUGGGAUGGCAUUACAGUAAAAACUACAGCAAUGUGCUUCCGAUUUUAGUGAAGAACUCAAUAAAAACGGGGCGAGGGAAAGGAAAAACGAGAAAAAAGUCCUUUGUUAGGACUGGCCCUGAAUCAUACAACAUACAUUGCCUCCCCAGUCAGGGCCUCACCCUUCGUACCCUUCUUCUCCGGUCGACCUCCUACACAUAG